AUGAAGAAUGGUCCACAUGGACUCCAUGAACAUAAGGCCACCAAGUAUUGUAAGUGGAAUUUCCCACCUGGGCAGGCAUGCAGCCGUCAAGGCGACCCUGCUCGCUGCAACAAAGAGGGGAGGCGGAGAUCGCAGUCAUGGCAGAACGAAGAGGAAGGAAGGGAAGCCGCGGACGGAGGGAUCCAGGUUUCCGGUCGCAUAAGCCGACGCAGGCGGCCUCGGCAUCCGUACGGCUGGCACGCGGCAUCGUGGUCCAACGGCGCAGGCUGA